AUGAAGUAUCUUCCAAUCCAAGAUCUUAAAUAUUGCUAUAGUUUAGAUAAUAUAUGGAAAGCUAAAGCAAUUAGAGAAAUUUACAAAAGAUUAAUAGUAGACUAUACAUUUAUUAAUAAAAAUAUAACUGUUAAAAUGCUAAUUGACCCUAAGUUCCAGCAUGAUAAUAUUAGCAAAACACUUGCCAAAAAAAUAGAUUUAUAUAUUUCUAGAGAAUAUAGAUCAAGAUAUUUUACAGUAAAAGAUCUUGAUAUUGGUGCAAUAAAUGUUGACAAGAAAGUAAUGAGAAGAAAUUGGAUUGAUAAAGAAAAAGUUUCUGUUACUUUGCCAAAUAUAUUUGAUGAUAUAGUAUCUUCUUCAUAUUUGAGAAUAGAUAUAGUAAAUUUUAUAAUUGUUAACAAGUCUGAAUAUGAUUUGGUUUUAGGAUAUGUAUAG